GCGGAGAAAGGGCUGUGUUUGUUUCCUCCCGGAGACGUGUAAUCUUACUACGACUACGAGUAAGUACCGUACUUGGUACUCGUACCGACUAUCGUGCAUGCUUUGUGUUCGUUGGCCCCCGCUUUGCUUUUGGUUCCGGGAGGAAGGACAAUGGUGCUUGUUGUCGAUAGCCUACUGAACCGCAACCCAACAAGAAGAAACAAAAGAAACAGCCGAGCAAUAGAAUUACGAAAUGGGUGAAUCAAAGAAGAAGUGCGAUCACCUGAAGAAACAGGAUGCGUCUACGCUCGAUCCUACAAAGUUGACGGCACUGACCCCGGAAGUCGUACGUUUUUCCCCUUGCCAUCGCUAGAAGUUGUUUGUGCGUCGUUGUGCUUUUGUGUGUUUGGUUGGGGUUGCCGGAAUACCUUCUGGUACUUGCUUGCUCGCAUCGGAUCGGAUCGUUCCCAAAACUCCCGGUGGAAAAGCGGUUGCCCACAAACGAAACUGCCUUUCGGGUCCCUUCCCUUUCUCUUUCCCCGCACAAGGCUCACCCGGGUUUUGUUCGGCAUUCCUCGACCGCGUUUUCCUCCUCCUCUCUCUCUCUCCAGAUUUCCCGCCAGGCCACCAUCAACAUCGGUACCAUCGGUCACGUGGCACACGGAAAGUCCACCGUCGUCAAGGCCAUCAGUGGCGUCCAGACCGUCCGGUUCAAGAACGAACUGGAGCGCAACAUCACCAUCAAGCUCGGGUACGCAAACGCCAAAAUCUACAAGGGAGACCCCAAGGGCGAGAAGGGGGGCUUCUACACGUCCCGGGGAUCCAACCAUUCCGACGAGUUCGUCGACUCGGUCACCGGGGUCAACUUCCGGCUGCGCCGGCACGUUUCCUUCGUGGAUUGCCCCGGGCACGACAUUCUGAUGGCCACCAUGCUCAACGGAGCGGCGGUCAUGGACGCCGCCUUUUUGCUGGUGGCCGGAAACGAGACCUGCCCCCAGCCCCAGACGUCGGAGCACCUGGCGGCCGUGGAGAUCAUGCGGCUCAAGGAGAUCCUCAUCCUGCAGAACAAGGUCGAUCUCGUCAAGCCCGACGCGGCCGUGGCCCAGCAGGAACAGAUCCGCAAGUUCGUGGCCGGAACCGUUGCCGACUCGGCCCCGAUCAUCCCCAUCUCGGCCGUUCUCAAGUACAACAUCGACGUCGUGUGCGAGUACAUUGUCCGCAAAAUCCCCCUGCCGGUCCGGGAUUUCACGUCGGUCCCCCAGCUCAUCGUGAUCCGGUCCUUCGACGUCAACCGGCCCGGACAGGACGUCGAGGACCUGCAGGGAGGGGUUGCCGGAGGAAGCAUCCUGAAGGGAGUCCUCAAGCUCGGCGACGAGAUCGAGGUCCGACCCGGGAUCGUCACCAAGCAGGAGGGAGAAGACGGACAAACCACGAUGGUCUGCUCGCCCAUUUACAGCAAGAUCUCGUCCCUCGCCGCGGACGACAACGCUCUCGAAUACGCCGUCCCCGGUGGACUGAUCGGUGUCGGUACCCGGAUCGAUCCCACCCUGACCCGUGCCGAUCGUCUGGUGGGACAGGUACUCGGUCUGCGAGGAAAGCUCCCCGACGUCUUUUGUGAGAUCGAGAUUUCGUAUUACCUUUUGAGACGGUUGCUGGGAGUCAAGACCAGCGACGGUGGAAAGCAGGCCAAGGUGCAGAAGCUCUCCAAGGGCGAAAUUCUCAUGGUCAACAUCGGAUCCACGGCGACGGGAGGCAGGGUCAUUGCCGUCAAGGGAGAGCUCUCCAAGAUCGCACUCACACAACCCGUCUGUACGACGGAAGGCGAAAAGAUUGCCUUGUCCCGCCGUGUCGACAAGCACUGGCGUCUCAUUGGAUGGGGUCAGAUCCGAAAGGGUGUCAAGAUCGAGGUCGCCGAGAACUAGGCCCGGCCGGCGUCGGUCGACGGCACCGGCACAAAACCAUAGUAGCACACACUAAGCACUCUCGAUAUAGGAAAAACACGCACCCACACAAACGCGCCACACACCCAAAACAACAAACCCGUUUGAAAUAAAAGAAAACACAGAUU